AUGGGCGACCAAGGCUUCUGGCUGUUCGAGGGGCUCGAAGACGAGCCGUACGGCCUUCUCCCACUCGUCAACCUGUCCGCAAAGGGCGGCCCCACCACCACAAAAUUCGUCGAACGCGUCGGCAGUUAUCAGUGGCACCUCGCCGAUGAGACGCCCACUUUAUUGAUCCCAGGCGCGGCCCGCGAGCUGACCCAUUGGCCGGGCGGAAAGCUGUCCCAAGAUCACGGCGUCGUCAUCUACGAUGUAAACCACAUGAAGAUCAAACAAGGCUCGCUGGACUCGGCGAUCCUGGCCGCCAAGCUCUUUGCUGAGAAGCGGAAGAAGCCCAUCGACUUCGGCCAGUACCAGUUCAUCACCGAUGCCGUCAACUUGCAGAAAUUGUUUGCAUUUGCGCAAGAGGCCGGCGACGGGCUAUUCCGGAUUGAUUGCGAACGGGUUGGAAAGACGAUAUUGUUGAACAGGGUUGAAGCCUCAGAUCUGAUGGAAAUUGGCCACUGCACCUUUGACAAAAAUAUGCAAUUCAAAAUGAGCAAGCCAAGAGGCAAACAUGCCGUCGGACCAUUCUUCCAGCUCGUCUCCUACACCUUUGGAAACUACAAAUUCCUAGUUCGUUUCGAGGCCGAUUCCGCGGAUUAUUCAAAGUCUACGGCCCUAAACGUCGAAGCCUCAGAAAAGCUGGGCGACAAGACGAAAGUCGACGGGUUUGAGCAUAUCGAAGUGAUAAACUAUGGCGACAUUUCGAAGGACACGCCUUUGCAGUUGAUAACAACAUACCCGGAAGGCGCCGGUUUCCCCUUCUUCACAUGGGCCCAACUUUUCUUCACAACGGCCGAUCAGGAAGUUGUCGGCUUCUUCAAAGGAAACGGCGAUUUCCGCAAGCCGCCGUUUUACGACAUCCAAGAAGUGGCGAAGAUGAUGAAGCCGUUGCCGCUCGUCGUGCUCAGCAAGGUCCACGAUUGCCUCGAUAAGGUCUUCAAAUUUUUGACGAAAAACGAUCCGGAAUUCAAGUGCUCGCUGUUGUGGAAGGGCAAGAAUCAUUUGGAGAUUUUUGCCAGGGAUCCAUCAAAAGCCGAGCCCGCGGUCUCCGAUUCCGUACGAGAAUACCUCAAGACAAUGUGCAAGGAGGAGACGGCCGAAGCGGAA